AUGAACGGCAGUACAGGGCUGUCCCGCUCCGACAAGGUCCCGAGAUCUGCUGAAGCUGUUGGCGAUUCGAGCACACUUGGUAGCGGCAGUGGACUCAACUUUAAGCGCAAGAAGAACGCUCGAGAGCGGCUCCACCCUCUCGAGAGCGAGUCUCCGCGAUAUCCACGGCACCAUCAACAGCAGCGACAUCUUUCAGUUGCUCCAUCAUCGCCGUCCCGUUAUCCCCAUUCACCUCGCGCACCGAAAGGAGCUCACGGUCCUGAAGAGUCGGACGAUGAAAUGAUCCAGCUGAAGCGGUUGAAUGCUCACCUGGCAUCGGGCGAGACGGUCGAAGAGUGGAUCUGGUCGUACGAAGAGGAGCGAGGCAACUUUGCUUCGUUCGCUGUCUUCACUGAAGUCAAGCUGGAUGAGGUGCAGGAGGGAUACGUGGAGCAAGUCGGCCGCCCAAAUGCCGUGGAAGCAGCGGCGUGCUGUGCGACGCUGCUGAAGAUGCCGGGUAUCGUCGGGUGCUACCGAACGCUGUUGGAGAAGAUGUCGGCGGGGAUCCAAGGCGCCAUCUACCUUCCAGACGCCUCGUUGCCAUCCAUAGUCACCGACUCGACCUCGCCGGACGCGAUGUCCGCGCUCGUGCAGAGCUUUUACGCUCGCACCCCGUACUUCGAGCGCGUUCGCGAGCUGGAGAAGACACUGCUGGCAAGUCGGAGUAUCACGGAUCCCAACGUGCUGCGUGCCGUCAGUGUGGAUGACGUGGCUCGGAUCUUCCAGUACGUUCCGUUCGCUCACGUCCAAGCGGGGAUCGCAAUGGUCUACGCCACCAACUCGGCCAUGCUGGAUCAGCUUGUGAACGCCCUGCAAGAGCAACAAGGUUUGCUGUUACUGAGACGGAAAGGCAUGGGGAUGGAUGAUCCAGACUACCCUGUACAUGUUCCGCUGGCUACGAGUGCGCAGAUCUGUCGCGCCAUCACACACAACGCCGCAAGCUUCAGCUCGAGCGGGCGAGACAUGAUCCUCUGCGCUAUCGUGGGGUUGGUAGACGCCGACUCGUUUCGAGACGUCUUUGAGCACUUCGACCUGCACGGGAAGAUGUGCUUCCUGCAUAACCUGACCUACACUGAAGGCAUGGAUCAGCUGGAGCUUGUCGUGGACGCGCUGCCCAAUGCGGGCGAGUCGCUCUUCCGAUUGUACCUCGCUACGUGCUCCGGCAGGGUCGGAGAUCUACCGGACGAGAAGGCAUUGGGAGGUGAGAUAGUGCCGCGUGCUAGUCCCAAGGACGUGUUCUUCCUCAAGCUGCUGAGCGCCGACAUGGAGUUCUUCUUCUUGAGCGACCUGGCCGCGUACUUGACCGAGGCGCAGUGGCUUCUACUCUCAAAGGAGUACGAGAAGAACGACAAUGAGCCGUCGAUCGAGCGCUUCCAGAUGAUCAUGCUGAACUACCUGCGCCACCACAGCUUGUCCAGCGCGCAGCUACUGCAGCUCAUGUCUAGCACGUUCUUGCUGAUGCUGGAGGAGAAGGAACUCAGCCAGCUUAUUGACAAAUGCUGGGCGCGUUUCCCUCUGGAAGGACAGUGGACCAAGGCUCUGGCUGUGGUGCAAGACUUGGGCAACGGGAGGACGCCUGCUUCACCGCUAGACGUCAACUCCGAAUACGUCGCCGCUAUCCGUCUCAAGAUGCUGAAGACACUGUUCAAGAUGUUGUCGCGAGAGGAGCGAGCUGCGUGGAUUGACCGGCUCAAUUUUAAAUACCCGACGGAUAGCUACAAGAAGAGGAUCCAAGACCUGAAAGGCGCCGCCACAGCAGCCAAGAACGCUCCUCCCGAUCUCAGUGACCCUGCGGUGCAUAUUUCCCGUAUGAAGGCGGAUCUGAAGGUGCGCUGGCUGGAGGCGAUCAUGGAUUACGUGUUGAACGAGACGGAGGGCUCAGCGAGGCUGGCAGCGCUCAAGCAGGCUCUCCAGCCGUUUGCGAAUGGUAAAAUGCCGCCACCUCCACAACAACAGGGCAAAGUUACUCUCGCGUCUGCGGAAAAGUCCAUCCAGCAGUUGCUUGGUCAGUUGAGCGCUGCGGAUAGAGCAGCUCUGCUCGCGAAGCUUGCACCUCCAUCGAUUGAUAAGGCUCAAUCCGAGGUAGUCGACCGAGCGGCGUCGCCUGUUCAAGAGCUGGAACAAUUCUCUCUUCAAGGAGUAGCUAGGCCGAACUUGUCGCGGAGACUAAAGCGCAGACUCACGGCUGUCACCGCUGUGUCCGAGCCGAUGGAAUGGCAGGAGUACGUCAAAGUCGGUUGUCUUGAUGUUGGCUGUCAGACUACUUUCGAGAGUGAGAGUGAACCUGGCGAUUUGUCCGGUGGAGCUUCAUCAAACGGCGCUUCCUCCGCUCGUAAAUCGUCUCGGGUGCCCGCGUCUCCCGUAAAAGCUGCACCAUUGACUCUGACUGCGUUGCUUGGGAAGAACAGCGGUGGCAAGAACAAGAAGGACAGGUACCAGAAGAUCAACAGCGUCGCGGUUCCUCGUGCAAUUUCUGGGCUGAUCACCUCGUGGCGCAUGAACACGGACCAGCUCAUCCAGUUCGCCAAAAAGUCGUUGGCGAAUGUCCUCAAGAUCAUCGCGGACGCGUACAGCGAGAUGCUGAGUGCAACAAAGCGUAAGAACCAGCAGCAGCGAGUGCCGUACGCUACACCACGAGGCAGCGGGCGGACGCUGUCGCUCUCUCAGAUCGUGUACCAGUCUUUCCUUCACAGCUAUGGACUACCAGGGAUCGCGGACAUGCAUCUCCUAGCCUUCUCCUGUGCGAUCGAGACCUACCGCGCCCAGCAUCUGCGUGUGGAGCAGUUCGCUCAAUUCUGCUUCGAAGAAGUGCCCAAGUCGGAGCUGACAAACUAUCUGGAGUUUCUCGAGUGUAUCGUGUCGGACGAUCUGACAGGGACUAUGAUGGCCAGCCACCUCUCAGGACCAGUCACAAUGCCGUCCUCUGCUAACGGAGGAGGAAGUAUGCUGAAUAACACUGGUAAUUCACGUGGCAUGGCGCAGAACACGCCUCCUGUCAACACGAAACGAUCACGCUUCGGUGCUCGCCUCAACGUUCCCGACAAGGAGAACUGGACGAUCUCAGUCGAUCGAGCGCAGGAGAUCGCGCAGCUCUGCUUCCGAGACAUGCGAAAGGCGAACGUGGCCACGUUCUGCGAUAAUUUGGCAAUGAUCGCAGCUCAAGGCAACUCAACAGCAGUGCUAUCAUCUGCAGCUGCAGUACCAGCACCAGCAGAGCCGACGAGUGGGGACCAAGUGCUGAAUGUUGAUCAUUUAUUGCAGUUAGCGAUCGCUGAGUGGCGACUGGAGCAGGUUCGACGCGAGCGCCACUUGCUGGACGCGUUCCGUGCUGGAGACGUGAACGGCGACGGGCAGUUGACGUCGGCUGAGUUCACGCAAAUCGUGCUGUCUAUCGACGCGUCUCGGGAUCUCGGCGAUAUUCUACUGAUGUACAGUGAUACACUGCGACGCACGCAGUGCGACCAGCUCAACGCCGAAGUGUUUCUGCAGGUUGCGCGCGAGCAUGAACUGGAUCGCGUGGUGUGGCAAGGUGAUGGAGAUCUGUACGGUGUCGUGAACGAGGUGACAGACAUGGAAGCCACGUGGGCUCACGUCCGAGGAUUCUUCGUUGGAACACUGGAAGCUCUGGCUCGGGAUCUCCCGCCUACGCACUUCUUGCGCAUAUGUGAAGGUGCUGGAUGCGGCUGCUUGAAAUGCCUCUUGGAUGGAUACAUCGGCUUCCAGAAGAUGAGACGCGAGUUUGCGCUCUCCCAGCAGCAGCAGAAGCUUUCAGGGGGCUUAGGUCGACGCAAUUCGUACGUCGGAGUGUCGUCGCAGCUUGUGUGGGCGCGAUUCUGGCAUCUCAUGCGUCAACUGCAUGACGCCGCAGCGGAGAGCGACGGCAUUGUGACCCCGUGGGAAGGCAUCAAGUACGUCCGAGAUCAGCCGGUGCUGGCACUAGCUCCGAGGUCCAACACCCGCCGACGGGACUCGCUGCCGAACUUCCUCUUCCCAGACACCGCGCGCAUCACGGCCAAGAUGAGUGCGGCUCAUAACCCGGAAGCUUUCGACGCUCCGACGAUCCACGCCCAGUUCGCGUAUUUGCUCACCCAUGUCACCGUCAAAGCACCAGAGCCGACUACGCGCCAAGCGUAG